UAUGAAUGGCGCCGUGAUUCCCGUGUUUACAACGACUUCUCCUCACAUUUCCUCGGCAUUUAUCAUGGAUAACCGACUUACUCGAUACGAAAAGAUCGAUUUCUUGGGUGAAGGACAGUUUGCGACAGUUUACAAGGCUCGUGACACGGAAACGGACGAAAUUGUCGCCGUAAAGAAGAUAAAAGUUGGAAGUCGGGAGGAAGCUGCCGAUGGAAUUAAUCGCACAGCGUUACGUGAGAUAAAAUUACUGCACGAACUGCAACACGAGAACGUCAUCGGACUUCUGGAUGUCUUUGGGCACAAAUCAAAUGUGUCUCUCGUGUUCGAUUUCAUGGAUACCGAUUUGGAAGUCAUCAUCAAAGAUUCCCGUAUCACGCUGACACCGCCAAUUAUCAAAUCUUACAUGAUUCAAACGCUUCAGGGACUGGAAUAUUUGCAUUUAAAUUGGAUUUUGCAUCGUGACUUGAAGCCCAACAAUUUACUCGUCAGCUCAAAGGGAAUUUUGAAGAUUGGGGAUUUUGGUUUGGCGAAAUUUUUCGGCUCGCCGACAAGAAUUAACACAAAUCAAGUCGUUACGCGAUGGUAUCGAUGUCCAGAAUUGCUUUUUGGUGCCAAGCAGUACGGAACGGGGGUCGAUAUGUGGGCUGUGGGAUGCAUUUUGGCAGAAUUAUUGCUGCGAGUCCCCUUUUUGCCGGGCGAAAGUGAUUUGGAUCAGUUAACAAGAAUUUUUCAGACUCUCGGAACACCAACGGAAGAAAUUUGGCCAAAUAUGAAGCAACUUCCCGACUAUAUUCAGUUCAAAAUGUUUCCAGCGAUUCCGUUGGCGAGUAUUUUCACGGCAGCGGGAAAUGAUUUGUUGAUGGUAGCUGAGAGACUUUUGGCGAUGUACCCGUUGGCGCGUUGUACGGCAACUGAAGCCCUCAAAAUGCCCUAUUUCUCGAACAAACCGGCGCCAUGUCCGGGCGAUAAGCUCCCGUUACCUUCGAAUAUUAGUCAAAAGAUCGCCGAUGAGCGUCCGAGUUUGAAACGGAAGCUGUUGGAUGCCGAAGGAGGAACAAAACCGAAGAAAUUGCAAUUUUAAAUCAACUUUGUUAGCGAAAUACAAAAUAAUUUUUUAAAAUUUA